GGGAGGGAUCGCAUUGUAGUAGUUCUUGGUCUAAUUCUUACUGUUGACUCUUGCCUGAACAGCUCCAUAUUCCUUCUUUUUCUUUCUUUUCUUGGAUUCUUCAACACUCACGCUUACAGCACUCACUCAGCACCUUAUUUUUUUCUAUCCUUACCAACCAGCCACCAUGUCUUCUAUCAAGGGCCCCGCUCCUCAACACCACGACGGCUCCAGCCUGCGCAUCGGCAUUGUCCAUGCGCGCUGGAACAUCGCCAUCAUCGAGCCCCUCGUUGCUGGCGCAAAGGCCAAGCUCCUGGAAGCUGGUGUCAAGGAGUCCAACAUUGUCGUCCAGUCUUGCCCAGGUGCAUGGGAGCUUCCCAUUGCUGUCCAGCGGCUAUACUCCGCUUCCCAGAUCCAAUCCAAUGCUUCCGGCGCUCCCUCAGCUACCGACCUCCUCGGCGCUUCAACCCACGACCUAACCGCCCUCUCCGCGGGCGAUUCCAGCGGACCCUUUGACGCAAUCAUUGCCAUAGGCGUGCUCAUCAAGGGCGAGACUAUGCACUUUGAGUACAUCGCCGACUCUGCCUCUCAGGGCCUCAUGCGCGUCCAGCUCGACAUCGGCAUCCCAGUUAUUUUUGGCGUCUUGACCGUGCUCAAUGAUGAGCAAGCAAAGUCCCGCGCGGGUAUUAGCACAAGCGCGGAAGGCAAGGGCCACAACCACGGAGAAGACUGGGGCUUAGCGGCUGUCGAGAUGGGUGUCAAGAAGAAUGAGCUGGCUGCAGGCAAAAUCCUGGGCUAAGGUCAAAAGCUAUCUACGGUAGCCCCAAUAGAAAGGGUUCAAACAAAGAAGAAGAAAAGAAAGAAAAAAAAAUACGAGGGAAGAAUAUUGCGAAACUCAUUACCAAGAAAUAGGCACGCUUGCAGAGCAAAUUAUAGAGGGUCAGAUAUCGACUCCAUGAGUUCAGCUAUUAUGAACAGCUAAUGAGUAGGACAAUAUCCAUUAGCAGUUAACUAUAAAAUUUAACAAUAAAAAAAAUCAAUAAAGACGCGCUUUGGAUACA